AUGGCCAACACCCACUCCGAGCUCGCUGAUGCGCAGGAUCGCUUCAGCAGAGUUCAGGAGAGUCUACUCAGAUGCAUCGACGACCGCCGCGAUCUCCGAGCUGAGCUCGAGGCGGUUAGGGAUGAGCUGGUUACUCUUGACGAGUUCUGUCGCGGACCGGGAUACGAUGACUUCAUCGAUCGAUAUCGAUAUACCCAGCGUCGCUUUGAAGAUCUGAAGGAAGACUACGCCGAGAACACGGAAAGAAUUCGCAGACUUGAGGCGGCGGCCGAGCGCGCUGAAGAUGAGGUUGAUGACAUCGAGAACAGACUCAGGCGCGAGCGCGAGCAAGGAGGCAGCCGAUCGUCCAGAACUCACCGUCACAACUACUCAUCCGCAUCUCCCGAUGGAGGUCACCACAGGUCCUCACACUCUCGUCGUCAUGAGGGGCACGAAGACAGCCGCCGCCGGCAUCGUUCUCGUGAGACGAGACCCGAUUUCGACAGUUCGCGCGAAAGCAGGCAAGGUCCGUCGACUUAUCGUUAUCACUAUGGAUACUCCUCUCCUUUCUCGCACAGAGAGCGGGAGGAAGAGUCGUCGCAGCACAGCCGAUCUGAAAGGUAUGAGGACAGCUCUCGCGGCUACUACACUCGCGAGACGAGACCCGACUUUGCUAGCUCUUCACGAUCAGCAAGGCCGGAUAUGCCGCGGGACUCGCACUCUCGUCACGAGAGCCGUCGACACGGAAGCCAUCGACACGGAAGCCAUCGACACGAAAGCCAUCGACACGAGAGCCAUCGACACGAAAGCCACCGCCACGACGAACGCACCCACCACUCCUCCCACCGUCCUCAAGACUCCUCCCGGGCCAGACAACCACCCCCAAACCCAACACCCGAACCCACUCAAGGCCCAUCCAUACCAUUCCCACCCUCCAUGCAGACCAUCGCAGGCUGGCGCAAGAACGUCGACCAAUGCUUCGCCGACUACUCCAAGAUUGAGAAGUUUCCACGUCCGCCAGUCUCGCAGGGUCCCGACUGGGCGAAGAAUCUGAAGACUCUACUUCUUUGUUUGGAGGAUUUCGAUCUCAAGAAGGAACGGCUUCGAUGGCACCCGGACAAGUUUAGUAAUUGCAGGGAGGAGAAGCGGGAGGAGUGGAAGGGGUUGGCGAAUGAUGUUUUCUGUGUUGUGAGUGAAGCGAAGAAGGAGAGGGAGGGAUAG